GGAGGAUUAGUGAGGUGCAGUCACUACACAGCUCUACUAUAUAGGGAGCAUGCUCUGUAUGUAAUAUGUUUGUCCCGUGUACAUACAGUAUAUAAUUACAUGUAUACACAUUUGUUUGUUGUUCUUCAGCCUGUGAUCCCAACCAGUCCCACAAGUGGUAACACAACACCCACAGGAACAAUGGGAAUGCCAUCCAAGGUGGACAGCUCCACCCUACAUGACGUCUUCAUUCUGUCCCCUGUGUCCGGACUUUAUGGCCCAAGAGACGACAUCGGCAUGGUGUCCUGCGACGACAUCAACAAGUAUGGUGUCACCAAGAUGGGGAUGAAGGGUUCGGAGUCACCCAGCUACUUCCUGGAACACGAGAGCGGCAAAUAUUACACGCUGAUUGAAGGUGACCUGAGGCCCGUGUCCAUGCCCACUGACUACAGCUGGAUAGGAGACCCCAAAGAGCCCAACAUGUACAAGAGAGGGAGCCGAGACUCUGAGAAUUCUCUCCUGCGAUAUCUGAGCGAUGACAAGAUCCUGGUGAUCCAAGAGGAGCCGCUGACCCAGAAGGACAACAAGAAGGACACGGGCCGGAGAUCCAGGAAAAAAUCCAAGAACCCGGGCAGUCCCAGUUACCCCAUCAGCCCUUCGAUGUUAACCUCCAGCGGGCGGCUGGACCCGGCCCAGCAAGACUCCAUGACCUUCUCUAUGGCGGACAACAACACCGUACCCCUCUACCAUAGAGCGACCGACACCAUCGGGGGAGACACUGACAGGUACUCGAGCUCGGCGGUGGAGCGUCAGGGAAACACAUCGAUGAGGAAGACUUUCCAUUACGCAUCUCUGAGGGUCAAAACCAAAAAAAGAUCAAAAGGCGGGUCGCUGACCAGCGGCAGCAGACGGAGAAUUUCCUGUAAGGACCUCGGACACGGCGACUGUGAGGGAUGGCUGUGGAAGAAGAAGGACGCCAAG